CGGGACACGUCAGGAAUCAGAAGACGCCUAUAAGACAUUUUUGCGUUGCACCCUCGCUGCCGGCCUCGCUGCCGCAUUGCCGAGGGCAGCCGGGGGCAGCAUGGAGCCGGCGUCGAGCGCCCAGCGCCGAACGGCGCGCCUCGACGCACGCGCGGCGCGCGCGGAGCAACGGGGCAGCCGGGGCAGCAUUGGGUCUGGAUACGGCAUCGCGCCCUACCGCGUCGAGUGCCCCACGACCAUCGAGCCCCACCCUCUCUUUUCAUUCCAGGGCCGCGAGCCCUGCCCGAUCUGCCUCGACGACCUCAGUCUGGCCCCGGCCGUCGCGCUGCCGUGCAGCGCGCGGCACGCGUUCCAUGUGAAGUGUCUGAAGGAGGUCGUGACGCGCGCUCCGAAUCCGACCUGCCCGAAUUGCCGUUCGCCUUUCGUACCCACCCUGCUCUACGCAACAGACGGCGCCGCGCGGCGCGGCUGGCACCUCGCAUCGCCCUCCAAACAGGCCGUGCCGACGUGGGUGCCCGUAUCACCACGCGACGCCAGUCCGGAGUCGGACGUCGAACGCCUCGCAGCGGAGUACCGCGCGGCGCGGCCCGAGUCGCCGCCCCUCGGCCCCCUCGACCUCGCCGCGUCGCCCCUGCUGCGGGCCCUCGCGGACGCGGACCGCUUCGGCGGCCGCGUCGUCAGCGAGGAGUUCGAGGCGGCGGCCCGCGAAAGCAUGUCGGUCUGUGCGGGGUCUUUCCUCGUGUGAGCCCUCUCUGGCUCUUCCCCCAUCCGCGUAUCUUCCAUGCGCCCCAGCCCGUGUUUAACUUAACUUUAGUCUCCUUGCGGCGCUGAUUCUUGG